AUGGAAUUGAAAUGGGUUGUGGACAUAUGGUGUAGAUUAUUCAAACACAGCGUAGAAGAGCUUGAUCUGAGAGGGGAGAGCUUUGUUGAUGCUGAAUGGAUUGCAUACAUAGGAGCCUUUUGUUACUUGCGAUCUCUAAAUCUUUCUGAUUGCCGUAGACUCACUACUUCUGCUCUUUGGCCUAUUGCAGGUAUUUCAAUUUUGAUAACAGUUGGCUAUAUUGAAGAGACGCAGAGGAAGAGGAAAGCUCCUGAGGAGGUGGGCAAUGGCGAAAAUGGUGUUGCUGGCUUGGGUGGAGGGUGGGAAGGAGCUGGGGUUUUGGGUUCAUGGGGCUUGGGGUGGAGGGUGGUUGUUGGAUGGGUUUGGGUGGAGAGUGGUUGUGGGAUGGGUUUAGGGGUUGGAGCUUGA